CAAGACUUGUGAGCGAAAACCGGUCCCAGAUAUCUUGACGUAGGCAGCAGAUAUUUGACGCUAUCUAGCCAAUCCCCACGAUUGUAUAACUUAUUGAUACUGCACGACUAGAGAACAAUGGGCUAGGCAAGUGCGGAAUCGGUCUCGUGAGAGGAAGAGUGGCCAGUUCUUCGGGUCAUUUGGACACGAACUUCAUAUGAAAUCAGCCGAGAGGAUAGCUAUAGUUUUAAAUAUACAGGUAUCACUUUAAUAGAUCUGACAGUCCUGAAAGUUCCUGCUUUUUUCCUGGCAAUAUCGCGACACCCGGAGUUGCAUCAUCAUGGCGUGUGACUCAGAUUGCAACGACUGCACUGCAACAUGCAGCAGCAAGCCACCAGUGGAUAUCGAAGACUAUAAGGCAGAAACGCACAGGCUGCAAGCAUUGGUCAAGGAGCUGGAGGAGAAGCUCUCAGCGCAGACACUUAAUGACAGCUCGAAAACCGUGCCCAAAGAUGCAAGCCCAGGAACGGCCCGCCUAAGAUCGGCGGCCUGGUUUGACCGUCCUGAUGAUCGCUCGAUGCAAACGCUAUAUAUUGAGCGGUACCUUAACUACGGCAUGACGAAGGAGGAGCUAUUGUCAGGGAAACCGAUCAUCGGUAUCGCACAGUCUGGUUCAGAUAUAGCGCCUUGUAAUAGACAUCAUCAGGUACUAGCAAAGAGAGUGCGUGAGGGUAUCCGAUCCGCCGGAGGUAUCGCCUUCGAGUUCCCCACACAUCCAAUUCAAGAGACCUCGAGAAGACCUACGGCCACGCUCGACCGUAACCUCGCAUAUCUUUCUUUAGUCGAGCUUCUAUACGCAUAUCCGUUCGACGGCGUGGUGCUGCUCACAGGAUGUGACAAGACAACGCCGGCGUGCCUCAUGGCCGCUGCAACUAUGAAUAUCCCGGCUAUCUGCCUCAACGUUGGCCCAAUGCUGAAUGGUUGGACAAGAGGAGAGAGAAUGGGUUCUGGUACUGUCGUCUGGCAGGCCCGGGAAAUGCAUGCCGCAGGACUUAUUAAUGAUGACCAAGUUACAGAUAUGGUGGCGGCAGGCACGCCGUCUGUAGGCCAUUGCAAUACUAUGGGCACGGCAUCUACAAUGAAUGCGCUAGCUGAAGCAUUAGGCAUGGCUCUUCCUGGAGCCGCCGCUAUCCCAGCUCCAUAUCGCGAGCGCGCGCAGAUGGCCUACAAAACCGGUGAACGCAUCGUCGACAUGGUUCGCGAGGACCUAAGACCAAGCAAAAUCAUGACCCGCGAAGCCUUUGAGAACGCCAUUGUGGUGAACACGGCUAUAGGAGGGAGCACGAAUGCGCCAAUCCACUUGAAUGCCAUCGCGAAACACAUUGGCGUUCCACUUGACUUAGAUGACUGGGAUCGCAUUGGCUUCAAGGUCCCUCUUCUGCUCAACAUGAUGCCGGCCGGCGACAUGCUGGGAGAAGAUUACUACCGUGCAGGCGGCCUACCUGCCAUCCUCGCGGAGCUUUUAGAGGCCAAUGCACUGCCGCACCCCGACGCCGUAACAGCAAAUGGACGCAGCAUCGGCGAAAACGCGCAGGGACAGAGGACCUGGGACAAGAACACGAUCCGCCCAUUCUCAGAACCGCUGAAGGAAAAUGCGGGCUUUGUCCACUUGAAGGGCACACUCUUCGACAGCGCGAUCAUGAAAACAUCAGUCAUCUCCCCGGCGUUCCGGGAGGCAUACCUCGAGAACCCGGAGGAUCCAAACGCGUUCGAGGGCAAAGUGGCCGUCUUCGACGGGCCGGAGGACUACCACGAGAACGUCGACCAGGCCCCCAUAGACGAGCGGACGAUCCUCAUCAUGCGCGGCGUCGGACCCCUAGGAUAUCCCGGCGCUGCCGAAGUCGUGAAUAUGCGUGCGCCCGGCCAUCUGAUAAAGCGAGGUAUAACAGACCUCCCGUGCAUCGGGGACGGUCGUCAGAGCGGGACGUCGGGGUCUCCUUCCAUUCUGAACGCGACGCCCGAGGCGGCUGAUGGCGGAAACCUGGCGCUGCUCAGGAACGGGGAUGUCGUCCGUGUGGAUCUGAAUAAACGCCGUGUUGACAUUUUGAUUCCGGAUGAGGAGUUCGUGACAAGGAGAAAGGAGCUUGAGGCCCGGGGUGGGUACCACGGCCCACCGAGUCAUACGCCCUGGCAGGAUAUCUUCCGGAGAGAAGUUGGUGGACUGAGCGGCGGGAUGGUGCUUAAGCGGGCGCCGGAGUUCCAGCGGGUGGCCGAGACGUACCCGUCACCUCGGGACAAUCACUAGAUGGGUUGUUCAUAUAUGGAAAUUCAAGGAUUUAUCGCUUGUUGUGUUAGGUGGGAAUAUCAUCACUUUGAUUGAAUUAUAUGUCAGUAUUGUCAAUAUAAUAUAUUAAUGCUUUGAGUAGUGUGCCGAUACCAAGCCGGGAGCACAGAAGACAAAGCAACUUUCACCCUUCCCCCCUUCCCCUCUCCCUGGUCUUGUCUCCCAAACUCAAGGUUUCCUGGAUAUGGAAAGCUAUUUCUAUUGAACCACAUCUCUCUAAAGUGAAAAUGUUAAACUUAUUGGCCCCAGGGAGGUCACAACAGCCGUGGCUUAUUACCCAUAGGGAAAAUAGCUGGACUAAUGCCUACAUACCGAUGUAUUGUCUUUCAUUAACCGUGAACCUUUACUACCAGACCUAAAAUCCGCUGAAUACCAAGGCUGUGUGAUGCAUU